GUGUAUAAUGUGUUUCUUGGAAUGAUUUGUUAAGCUAGAGCUUGCCACGUUAUAAUGCAAAGUUGUGACAUGUGAAUCUAAUGGUUUCUAUAGUUCUAGUUUGAUCUCGAUUUUCUUUAAUUGGGGCUUGAGUGGCUUUGAGGUCAUACUAAAAACUACGGUAGUAAGUGAGAAUGGUAGUGUUUGAUAUAUGAGAAUGAGAACCAUCGGAUCAGUUAUUUCCACUAAUGGAUCAGAUAGAAGAACCUCUUCAUGAACUGGCUUCCUGAGACUGUAUCUGGAACUCUGUACCAAUGAUAUUUGUGAUCUAUUUUGUUUAUUUUACAUCACAACACUUUCUUUCUUGCGCUUCCUUUUGCUUUAUAUUCUGGAAUUAGGAUUCCUAGAUUCGUGGGCUAUAACCAGAGGAUUUGAGUUUAGAGAAUUUACCCAGUUUUACUUAUCCUCUUUGUUUUUGCUUCCGGUGAUUGCAUCAUAUACUUAGAGGCAUCAACUUUCUUCCAUUAAAUUUUUUUCUUGCAUGAAAGGAUGAAAAUUAAGUUCUGCUGUUUGGGAACAAAUGGUCAUGGCAAACUCUAAUUCCUUAUGCUAUGAGUUUAUUUGCAUACUUGAGUUGCUGGCGAGAUUACUCUGAUAGAUUUACCAUGAGGAUUUUCCUUUCCUUUUUCUUUCUGUUUUCUCUCCCUGCAAUUUUGGCUCAAGAAGUGACACAUCCUACAAUCUUAGUUGAUGGUACUACAACAAUUGCUACAAAUGAUGAAAAUUUUAUCUGUGCUACUUUAGAUUGGUGGCCUCAUGACAAGUGUGACUACAAUCAAUGUCCAUGGCAUUAUACUUCUGCAAUAAAUUUGCACAAUGGAAUUUGUUUCUUUCAGGACUUAUCUCAUCCAUUGCUAACCAAAGCUAUCCAAGCUUUCAAGAGUUUGAGAAUAAGAAUUGGAGGUUCAUUGCAAGACCAAGUGUUGUAUGAUGUUGGAGAUUUGAAGGCUCCUUGCCAUCCAUUCAGAAAGAUGACAGAUGGACUGUUUGGGUUUUCAAAGGGAUGUUUGCAUAUGGAUAGGUGGGAUGAGCUGAACCAUCUAUUUAGUUCAACAGGGGCCAUUGUAACAUUUGGCUUGAAUGCAUUGUAUGGGAGGCAUCAAAUCAAGAAGGGUGUUUGGGGAGGAGCUUGGGAUCCUAGCAACGCUCGCGAUUUUAUGAAAUAUACUCUUUCGAAGGGAUACCAUAUUGACUCAUGGGAAUUUGGUAAUGAGUUGAGUGGAAGUGGCAUUGGUGCUAGUGUUGGUGCUGAACUAUAUGGGAAAGACCUGAUCAACCUUAAGAAUAUUAUCAGGAUUUUAUACAGAGAUUCCCCCUUCAAACCAUUGCUUGUGGCACCUGGAGGAUUCUUUGAUGAAAUGUGGUACUCUAAGCUUCUCCAGGUCUCAGGUUCAGGUGUAGUCAAUACUGUGACUCAUCAUAUAUACAAUUUAGGUGCAGGUGUUGAUCCCAAUCUUGUAAGUAAGAUACUGGACCCUGAUCACUUAAGCCUAAUAUCAGAAACAUUUAGCAAUCUUAAACAAACUAUAGAAAAGAAUGCCCCUUGGGCUUCUGCAUGGGUUGGAGAAUCUGGCGGGGCCUAUAACAGUGGUGGUCGUCUUGUGUCUAACACUUUUGUUAACAGCUUUUGGUACUUAGAUCAGCUUGGAAUGGCUUCCAAGUACAAUACUAAAGUAUAUUGUAGGCAGACUUUAAUUGGUGGGAACUACGGUCUACUAAAUGCAACCACAUUUGUCCCCAACCCUGAUUAUUACAGUGCCCUGCUAUGGCAUCGACUUAUGGGAAAAGGUGUACUAGCUGUUGCUACUGAUGCCCCUCCAUAUCUCCGAGUUUAUGCCCACUGUUCAAAGGGGAGGAAGGGAAUAACUGUUCUCCUGAUCAAUUUAAGCAAUCUAACUGAUUACAUGGUCACUGUUCAAAAUAGUAUGAACAUGAAACUGGUUGUGGGGGCUAAGAACAUCAACAGGGAAAGUUCAUUGAUGCGAAGUCUUAAGAAAACAGUUUCGUGGGUUGGCAGCAAAUCAUCAGAAGAACCAUUAUUCAGAGAGGAGUACCAUUUAGCUCCCAAAAAUGGGUACCUCCAGAGCCAGACCAUGCUUCUAAAUGGAAUCCCACUAGAGCUGACCAAAUAUGGGGGCAUCCCAAGAUUGAAUCCAGUUCAUGUUCGUGUAAAUUCUCCAAUUUACAUUGCUCCUUUAUCAAUUGCAUUCAUAGUAUUCCCAAACUUCGACGCUCCAGCUUGUGUAUGAGAAUCACAAUAUAUCGCUGCGCAUGAAAUGCCUAUCUGUGCAGUAGUAACAAGUCCAGCAAUUACUAAAAACAAGAGUCCAGCUUCUUGGUUAGAAGAUUUUAAAGUGCAUUAUAUUUGUAGUUGUUGAGUAAUUGUUAUAUAGUUUGUAUUGUAAGUUUUGCUGUAAGUUACCCGAUGCAUAUGUAUUAAUAUGAAUAUGCUUGAAUUUUUCUGACUGUAAAUUCAAUAAUGAAACUAUGAUUUAACAAAGAGAUUACAGCCAUUGUUGAUCAA